AUGUCCGGCAAUGGUGACAAUAGCGGGGGCGCGAUUCUCGAGCUAGGUGACUAUAACGACCAGGUCCCCCCAUCCCCGUUCCCAGAACCUAUCAAGGAAGAAGAAGCUUCCGUGGAAGGCAGGAAUGUUCCUAUGCCGGAUGUGACUCUAGAGGAGGAGCUGUCAGAGUCACUAAUGCCGCUCAAGUGGGUGUUCUUCCCGGAAGCAGAUCCAGUUCAGCAGUUUCGCGGAAAGCCGUGGCGGGAGAAGAUCUGGGUGUUUCUCAAGGGCGUGUUCCCGAUCCUCGCGUGGCUGCCUGAGUACGACUGGCGGUACUACCUGCUGGGGGACAUUAUCGGAGGCGUGUCCAUCGCUGUCAUGUCCGUGCCCCAGGUGAGCCAUGAGCAAUGCGAGGUUGGUUGUGAGUGGUGGGCGGCACACGGGAACUGGAGUCAGGAUGCACAGGUGAGCAAGGAUACACAGGUGAGCAAGGAUACACAGGUGAGCAAGGAUACAUUCUACGUCAACUCAAUUCACCUCGACUGGCGGUACUACCUGCUUGGUGACAUUAUUGGAGGAGUUUCCAUCGCCGUUAUGUCCGUCCCCCAGGACGUCUCAUACGCCAAGUACGCCAACAUGCCUGCCGAGUUCGCUCUCCGUGAGUUUCCCCCUAUCUCCUCUCCCAUCCCCUCUCUCCAUCCUCAUCCUCUCCCCUCAUCCUCUCCCCUCAUCCUCUCCCCUCAUCCUUUCUCCUCAUCCUCUUCCUCCCUAUCCUCGUCCACCUCUUUCAUCCCGCCGCUGCUCUACGCCAUACAGGGCUCGUCCAAGCAUCUCGUCAUAGCGCCCGUGUCAGUCAUCUCGCAGCUGCUCGGCACGUCCGUCAGCGCUCUCGCCAACCCCGCCACCGACCCGGCGCUCUACACCAGCCUCGUUGUCACCGCCACCUUCUUCUGCGGCCUCUUCCAACUCAUCAUGGGGCUGUGCAGGUCAGUGGAAGGACUGAUGAGUGCGACUGGGCUUGUGCUUCUGCUCAUCGCGGCCGUGAGCGCUCUACACCAGCCUCGUUGUCACUGCGACGUUUUUCUGCGGCCUCUUCCAACUCAUCAUGGGGCUCUGCAGUGUCAGUGUGCUGGGCUCUUGAGUGCAACUGGGCUUGUCUCGCAGCUGCUCGGCACCUCCCUCAGCCCACUGGCCGACCCGGCUACGCAAACUGCGCUCUAUACAAGCCAGCCUCGCCGUCACUGCGACUUUCUUCUUCGGCCUCUUCCAACUCAUCAUGGGGCUCUGCAGCGCGCUGGCCGACCCGACCCGGCUACCCAAACUGCGCUCUACACCAGCCUCGCCGUCACCCCCACCUUCUUCUGUGGCCUCUUCCAAUUCAUCAUGGGGCUCUGCCGGGGAGCGCAAGGGCUUAUCAGCCAACCAUCUUGGGGUUCCUGUCGGGCGGCCCUCUCACCAGCUCCCUCACCUCUCUUGAAUUCUUCCCUCUCUCCCUCUCCUGAAAGCCUCUCUGUCUCUCCCCCAUUCCCUCCCAACAGAUUCGGGUUCCUGGUGGAUUUCCUGAACCAGCCAACCAUCGUGGGGUUCCUGUUCGGAUUUCUGGUGGACUUCCUGAACCAGCCAACCAUCGUGGGGUUCCUGUCGGGGUGUUCCCUCACCAUAGCCAUCCAGCAGCUGAAGCUCAUCCUGGGCCUCCAGCAGCUGAAGCUCAUCCUGGGGUACAAGGACUUCACGCUCAGCACGAGCAUCGUCAACAUCAUCGCUGCCAUCGUGCAAUACAGCUACGAGCAGCAGCUGAAGCUCAUCCUGGGGUACAAGGACUUCAUGCUCAGCACCAGCAUCGUCAGCAUCAUUGCUGCCAUCGUACAAUACAGCUAUGAGUUCCAGUGGAAGGCGUUUGUCAUGGGCGUGUCCUUCUUCCCCUUCCCUGUAUCUCCUCUUCCAGUGGAAGGCAUUCGUCAUGGGCAUAUCCUUCUUCCUCUACCUCUCCACAGUGCGCCUGCUGCACCCGCUGGCAUGGGCAUAUCCUUCUUCCUCUACCUCUCCACAAAUAGAAACACUGUCAUGGCAUGGGCAUGUCCUCUCUACAUCCACCUCUCCACAGUGCGCCUGCUGGUACGCACUGCACCCCCUGUCCCUGCCAUCCUCCUGAGAGUACUGAGUCGCACUGUCAUGGCAUGGGCAUGUCCUCUCUACCUCCACCUCUCCACACUGCGCCUGCUGGUGUACCUGAAACCCAAGAACAAGGUGUACCUGAAACCCAAGAACAAGGUGUACCUGAAACCCAAGAACAAGGUGUUUUACUACCUCAACGCGCUCGGCCCGCUCACAUCCAUCCUCAUCUCAACCAUCAUCGUGGCAGCUGCAGGGCUGACAGACAAAGGCAUCCCCACUGUGAGUCCUGUCCUUGCUGUGCUCGUUCCCCUUGGCCCUAGGAUAGGAAAGAUUUCCACGGGGCUGCACGGGGCCUCCUCCAUAUCUUAUCUCAAUUUCUCGCGGGAGAAUGUUGCUGAUGUGGCCACAGUAGGCUUCAUCGCCUGCCUUGUCUCCCUUGCGAUGGUGGCGUUUGGUUCAAUGAACCUGGUCGGUUCGUUCACCUCAUGCUAUGUGGCAACAGGUUCCUCCUCCCACGCGGCCAUCAAUGUGCUAGUGGACGCCAGGACAACGCUCACGCAAGCCAUCUCUUGCCGUGCCAACACCUGCUCAUUCCUGCCUCCUUCACUCGCCUCCCUCCCCUUCUGGCCCCACUGUCCUCUCCUCCGCACGCCGCCAGGUUCCUUUUCCCGCACGGCAGUGAACAUGCUAGCAGGCGCCAAGACAGCGCUCACGCAGGUCAUCAUGGCGCUCCUCAUUCUGCUCGUGCUGCUCGUCGCCGCCCCGCUCUUCAAAAACGUCCCCAAUUGUGUGGUUGGAGCAGUCAUUGCCAACGCUGCCUUGAACUUGCUGGGUUUCCAUGCAACAGCAGCCCUGUGGAGGGUAGACCAGAUGGAUUUCCUGGUCAUCUCAGGAUGCUUCCUCGCCAUCCUCUUUGGGUUUCCUGGCGCCUCAAAGCUCUCCUUUCCCCCCUUUCCUCCACCACCUUCCCAGCUCGACUUCCACGCGGCAGCAGCCCUGGAAGGAGGGUGGACAAGAUGGAUUUCCUGCAUGUCUCCCUGCUGCUCCCAUUCCCACCGUAUUCCCUCCUCUUCCACUCUCCCCUGCCUUACCUCUUGCCCAUCUACCAGCUCGACUUCCAUGCAGCCUCGAUUUCCAUGCAGGAGCAGCCCUCUGGAGGGUAGACAAGAUGGACUUCCUGGUCAUGUCGGGUUGCUUCCAAUCUCCAUUCCCUCCUUAUUCCCUCCUUCCCGCCUCUUCUUCCUCACUCAACAGCUCGACUUCCAUGCAGCGUGGGCCCUGUGGAGGGUAGACAAGAUGGUUUCCUGGUCAUGUCGGGCUGCUUCCCCCACUGUACCCUCGGCACCCCCUCCUCCCCAUAUCCUCCCCACAUCCUCCCCACCUCCUCCCCACAUCCUCCCCACAUCCUCCCCACAUCCUCCCCACAUCCUCCCCACAUCCUUCCCCCCUUCCCAGCUCGACUUCCAUGCAGCCUGGGCCCUGUGGAGGGUAGACAAGAUGGACUUCCUCGUCAGGCCCGCCUGCUUCCUCGCCAUCCUCUUCGGUUCCCCCGAGAUCGGCCUCCUAGUCGCCAUCCUCCUCUCCCUCAUCAAGCUCCUCCUGCGCUCCCUCCGCCCGCACAUCCGCCUGAUUUCCCCACGUGUGCUCUCCCUUCUCCCCCAUUCUGCCCCUAACAGCUCGACUUCCAUGCAGCGUGGGCCCUGUGGAGAGUCGAUAAAAUGGAUUCCCUGGUCAUGUCGGGCUGCUUCCUUGCCAUCCUCUUUUCUCAUUCUCUCCACUACCCCCUCCUUCCCCCCUCAUUCCCUCCUCCUUCCCCAACCCCACCUUUCCCAGCUCGACUUCCAUGCAGCGUGGGCCCUGUGGAAAGUAGACAAAAUGGAUUUCCUGGUCAUGUCGGGCUGCUUCCUCGCCAUCCUCUUCGGCUCCCCCGAGAUCGGCCUUCUCGUCGCCAUCCUGCUCUCCAUCAUCAAAAUCCUCCUGCGCUCCCUCCGCCCGCACAUCCGCCUGCUCGGCCUCCUCCCCAACGCCGCCGCUACAGCCGUGAGCGUGCUGCAGUUCCCCAACAGCGCGCUGUGCGAGGGGAUUGUGAUGCUGAGGGUGGAAAGCCCGCUGUAUUUCCCCGGAGCGAAUUUUGUGCGCCAGCGGGUGAAGAAGCUCUGUGACGCGGUGGAGAGCCCGUUGUACUUCCAAGGAGCUAACUUUGUGAGGCAGAGGGUGAAGAAGCUGUGUGAUGCGUAUGCAAGGGGUUACCAGCAGCCAGUCAAGCACUGUGUGCUGGAUCGAUCAGUCAUGCAUGCCAUUGACGUGACGGUCAUUGAAAUCAUGAGGGAUCUGCAAUGCUCAAGACCACCUCUUCCCAUCCCCCAUUCCUCCAUCCCUCUCCUGCUGUUCCCCACCUUUUGGCAGCAUUGUGUGUUGGACCUAUCGGUCAUGCAUGACAUCGAUGUGACGGCCAUAGAAGCCAUGAGGGACCUGCACCGCGACCUCACACAGAUGGGCAUCCAGCUGUGUCUGGCGAGUGCCAACAGGGACGUGCUGAGGAAGAUGUUUGACGCGCAGCUGUUAGCAGAGAUAGGCGAGCAGUGGCUCUUCCUUUGCCUGGCGAGUGCCAACAGGGACGUGCUGAGGAAGAUGUUUGACGCGCAGCUGUUAGCAGAGAUAGGCGAGCAGUGGCUCUUCCUUUGCCUGGCGAGUGCCAACAGGGACGUGCUGCGCAAGAUGUUUGACGCGCAGCUGUUAGCAGAGAUAGGCGAGCAGUGGCUCUUCGUCACUCCUGCAGACGCCGUCAAGCUGUGCCGUGCCGUGGCGCUCUCUCAGCCUGCUGCCAAGGAGACCGAGGAGCUGCUGAACACUGUACCGUCGUUUGAUAUUUAG